CAAAUGUGCUUUCCUUCUAAAACACGUUUCCGCUGCCCUCGUCUUCGCGCCCAGUUCUCUAAACGAGGUGCGCUCGAUUAUUAACCUGCGAACCUCCUCUCUCUUAGUUGAACCUGUUUAGUCGAACUCUUUUUCUCUUUAGCUGUAUACGGAAGUUUGGAGGAAGGAAGUAUUAUCAAUUUAAAGACGACCUGAGAUGUCGGCGCUCUUCAACUUCCAUUCUUUUCUAACAGUAGUGCUGUUGGGAAUUUGUGCCUGCACUUAUUUGAAGAUGCAUUUUCCAGCAAUCCUUGAACAGAGAACGGGGUUUCGUGGUUUCUUUUGGAAGGCAGCCAGAAUAGGUGAGCGCUUGAGCCCGUGGGUUGCUCUUGGAUGCUUCACAAUGGGUGUGUCAAUUAUCUUUUUCUGAGCCCCAUCUUGUCCAUUUAUUCUGAUGUAAGCUUUGCCUUUUUUCUUCUCACAUGGCAAAAAUCUCACUCCUUGAAAUUGGUAUUAUCAAAUGUUCUAUGUGAUGAGAACACUGUUAACCACUCUUUCAAGACCUAGUUGACAUACUCAUAUUAAAGGCAGACAAUCAUUCUCAGGAUAGUUGUUGAGCCUUUUGUUAUAUAUUAUUGCAGUUUAUUGAAA